AAGACAGCUGGGUCUUCAUAGCUGCUUCUGUAUUCAAUCUGUUGUGAUCAUACGUCUGGAAAAUUCUACCGUACACUUGUGAAAGAAUAAUGGUGGAUAGGGUAAAUCGCAUCAUAGCAGUAUCAUGAAACCAGUUUUUGACCUCUUGGACCCUCCUCAAAAGUCUUAGGAACCCUAAUGGGUUCCUGGACCACAUUUUGAGAACUACUGUUCUACGCUAUCCAAAUUGUUUAUGAGGAGGUGGGAAGUGGGGGGAGCAGGGCACCAGAGGGUACAUUUUGGUGUGAUUAUCCUCACCUAUCCCAUUGGCUGUGGCCAGUAUUUGGAAUAAAAAGGGGAAGCAAACAGGAUGUGAUACAUGUUUGUAGUGGCUCUAGACAAGCCUAUAGGUGGCACAGAGCAGGCCAGGGAGCAACGGUUGGUGAUGUAACAGUUGUCUGGCCUGUCUGCUCUUUGUGAGUGGGUUCGGGAACAGGGCAGGAGUUAGCUCAUAUGUUACCACUUGGAAAACCAUAUUACUUUUUUGGGGGUGGAGGGGCCUAUUUUGAUAAUUCUUGGUCUUUAGUAAAUAGGAUGCUGCAUGUAUAUAGUGUUUAUACACAGUAUCUGCACAUCCCUUAGUUUGGAACUGCUUAUCCCUUACUAAAUGAUUGGGCAUUGACUGCCCUUCUUUCUGCAGUUCACUACUUCUAAUAGUAUCAUGGAGUUAUUGAGGGAAAGGAGAUUAACAUAGAUAAAUUCAUUUUUAUUUCAAGAAGUUUGAAACAGCUGACUAAAACGUGUUUCUGUCUUGCACUGUUCACCUUGUCAGUUGUCAGUAUUUAUUGCUACUGCUGGGAGAUGGUGUGUGAGAACCAAAGAGUAAAAGUCAUGUGGAUUACUAGGAAUAUUCACUUUCAUUUUUUAAACAUUCUCAUUAAAAGCAGUGCUUGACUUUACAUAUUAUAUUUUUCUUGUGCAAAGUGCUGUUUUUCAGCACUGAUACAGGAUUAUAUACUGUGGAUUGAUGAUCACAUUAUUUAUACUAAAUAGUUAAUUCAGAAUUCUCAAAGUUCUCUUACAUUUUAUGCUGUUAUUUUUCCUAGCAGAUAAUUUACAGAUUAAAAUGCCACCAGAUACUGUCCUGUAGUGUCUCAAUUUUUAUUUCCCCAAUAUACCGUCCAGCUUUAUUUGAUGAUUCUCUCCCCCACCCCCAUCUGAUUCUUGCUAACUGUCCAGGAAAACUACUGUGAUGAUGCCUUGAAAAAGUUUUCUACAGCUGUUGGCUACGACAGAGACAUUCAGCAUAUCCACUCGUAACUCUUAGGGGCCCGAGUCAACGAGGAAUAUGGAGGAGAUAGCUGUCAACAAGUUUUGUGUGGGUGUGUCCACGGAGUAUAGAGCAGUGUGCUCGACACUUGGACUCAGUGAAGUCAUGGCGUGCUCCUUCGAGAGCCAUUAACUGCUGCAGAAUGGCAGCCUGGCUCUUCAGAUAGAACAACCUGAGUCGAAGAUAAAAGGACUAUGUACACUGAAUGCAUUUUUCUCAAAUGCUGAUAGGGGAGUUUGUAAAUGAAGUACAGUUCAUUGCAGUACACAUCUGUAAUCAACUGGAGUUUUCAUCGUUGAAUUUUGUAAGGCCUGCUGAAAAUGACUGAAUAUAAACUUGUGGUAGUUGGAGCUGGUGGCGUAGGCAAGAGUGCCUUGACGAUACAGCUAAUUCAGAAUCACUUUGUGGACGAAUAUGAUCCUACGAUAGAGGAUUCCUACAGGAAACAAGUAGUAAUUGAUGGAGAAACCUGUCUCUUGGAUAUUCUCGACACAGCAGGUCAAGAGGAGUACAGUGCAAUGAGGGACCAGUACAUGAGGACUGGGGAGGGCUUUCUUUGUGUAUUUGCCAUAAAUAAUACUAAGUCAUUUGAAGAUAUUCACCAUUAUAGAGAACAAAUAAAAAGAGUUAAAGACUCUGAAGAUGUACCUAUGGUCCUAGUAGGAAAUAAAUGUGAUUUGCCUUCUAGAACAGUAGACACAAAACAGGCUCAGGACUUAGCAAGAAGUUAUGGAAUUCCCUUCAUUGAAACAUCAGCAAAAACAAGACAGAGAGUGGAGGAUGCUUUCUAUACAUUGGUGAGAGAGAUCCGACAAUACAGAUUGAAAAAAAUCUGCAAAGAAGAAAAGACUCCUGGCUGUGUGAAAAUUAAAAAAUGCAUUGUAAUGGGUGUUGACGAUGCCUUCUAUACAUUAGUUCGAGAAAUUCGAAAACAUAAAGAAAAGAUGAGCAAAGACGGUAAAAAGAAGAAAAAGAAGUCAAAGACAAAGUGUAUAAUUAUGUAAAUACAAUUUGUACUUUUUUCUUAAGGCAUACUUAAGUAAAAGUGGUAAUUUUUGUACAUUACACUAAAUUAUUAGCAUUUGUUUUAGCAUUACCUAAUUUUCUUUCUGCUCCAUCCAUACUGUUAGCUUUUAUCUUGAAUGCUUAUUUUAAAAUGACAGUGGAAACUUUUUUCCUCUAAGUGCCAGUAUUCCCUGAGUUUUGGUUUUUGAACUAGCAAUGCCUGUGAAAAAGAAACUGAACACCUGAGAUUUGUCUUGGGGUUUUUGGUGCAUGCAAUUGAUUACUUCCUAUUUUUCUUACCAAUUGUGAACUUUGGUGUGAAACAAAUUAAUGAAGCUUUCAAAUCAUCCCUAUUCUAUGUUUUAUCUAGUCACGGAUAUGAAUUAAUUACUAAUUAUAACUUCAGUUGAGAUUUCAUGAUUGGUUUUACUGAAACAUUGAGGGAACACAAAUUUAGGGGCUUCCUGUAGAUUCAUCUUGUUGGCAUCGUGUCCUACGGUUUCAGUUACCCUUAAUGAAUGUAAAGUUAUAUUGUUCACAAAGGUUUUCUCCUUCUUUCCACUGCUACUUGUCAUGGUCACAUUCCCCAAAAUACUAUAUUUUUUCUAUAAAAAGGGAAAAAAUGGAAAAAAAAAUACAAGGCAAUGGAAAAUAUUAAAAGGCCAUUUACUCUCCACCUUAGAUAAAUUCCUAUAAUACUCUGAAUAGCUUUCCCUGUUAAGGCAGACCCAGUAUGUAAUGAGGAUUAUAACAACCAUUUGGGGGCUAUAUUUACAUGCUACUCAAUUUUUGUAAUUGAAAAAUUUUAAUGUGUAAAAAAUUCUCAUAGGAAUUAAACAUAGUCUCCCCGUGUCAGAGUGCUCUUUCUUAGCAUAACUUUUAAGUCUUUUCUUGAACUUCAGUCUUUGAAAAUGGUUUUAACUCUGGUAGUGAUGUUAAAGAUUAUUUGGGCCACUUAGCUUAGUAGGUGUUAAAGAGACCGAGGUUGCAAGGCCAGGCCUUGGGUGAACCUUUGAGCUUCACAGAGUUUCACAGGAUGGACUGCAUCCCUGUGGUCUUCCAGUGUGGGUCAAAAGUGGGAGCCAGGAGAGAGCUUGGAUAGCUCAGCAAGGUACAUUCUCGUGUGGUAGUCCUACUCAGGAACAUCACUUUUAUUUAAAAAAAAAAAAAAAACAAAAAAACCCAAAACAAGACAAACCAUUAUUUUAAAUGAGACUUUAGGGUGGGGUGACAAGAUUUUAAUUUUUUUAAACAAUGAAAUGUUUAAAAAGUUUCAAAAUCUUGAGUAUUGGCUCUGGUUCUCUUAACACCGGCUAAAGUAACAUUACAUAAACACUUCACAAGUUUGGUCCAUAUUUAAGAAUAUCUAAUACUUAUAAAAUAGAUAAAUUAAUGUUAACAAAAUGAUUCUUUCAGUGCAUUUAAAAUGUUAACUUAUUGUAAAAUAUUUGAAGUGAGAUGGUGUAUCGAGGUGAAAAUAUCACUGGACAAGGAGAAAGGUGACUUGGAUUCCAGUUAGGUGUCUUUCCCAACAGUGAUCUGAUGGGCAGAUCACUUACUGUCUGUUUCUUCAUGUUUAAAGAAGUCAUCUCCGAGGCUGUAUCUAGCAUUACAACUAUGUGAUUUACAUUCAGUUUACAUAAGGGUGUACCUGUUUGUCAGUCUCAGCACGGUCUGUAACUUUUUACCUAUGUUAUCAUCUUCAGUACCAGUCUUAGGCAAAAUUGUGCAAGAGGUGAAGCUUAUUUUUGAAUAUCCAUUCUCCAGUUUCAGGACUUCUCCCAUAUUAGUGUUGUCUUGCCUGCCUACCCUUCCACAUGCCCCAUGACUUGAUGCUUUUUCUUUUAAUAGUUCUAAGUCCCCUAACUUCAAGAUUUAUUGCUGCUUUGGGUGUCUUCAUGAAGGCUUCCCAUCAAGUCAUAUCAGAAUGCCCUGUAUCUUAUUUCCGCAGGCUCAACAUAAUCUGACAGAUACCACAGCGGAAUUUGACCUAAUCGCUAAUUUUCAGAUGGUGGCUGUAGCAAUUGAAUCUUGAUCCUUUGAACAUCAUCUCUUUGCUGCCUGGCCCAUUAGUGACUAAGUAGGCAUUUUCAUACUUGCUUGGAGUAGACAGAACCCUAUCCAGUGGAAGGAGAAUUUAAUAAAGGUAGUGCUCAAAGAAUUCCUUACACCAUCUGCAACUAGGACUAGCCCUGGUAAUAGUGAUACAUUCCAUUGUUUUAAAAACUAAAAUCUUACAAUGAAUCAAAGAUACUUUAAAAUUUAAUUCAUACAGCUUACUUUUUAGCAGAACUCAUUUAUUCAGCAAAUAUUUGCGUGCCUACUAGAUGCCAGGCUCUGCACAAGGCACUGGGGAUAUUACAGUGUCUCCACACAAGGGACAUAAUCCUUCAGUAGUGCUUAUAUUCUAGAGGGGUCUCUUGGUGAGGCCCUUGGCACAUGACCCAAGAGAACAUAAUGCAUAUUGUAGUUCUGCAAAGAAAGGAUUGGUCUCAAAGGUUUCUUUCAGUUCUGAAAUAACUGUUUUGCUCUGAUUCCAAACUUUAAUCAAGCAACUUUUUAAAAUUAAGUCAAUCAGUUUACUUCAUUGUUUUGAAGGAGUAAAUUUGAUUAUAUUGUUUAUUUUGCAUAAGUAUGUGAUUCUAUUGGGGCAGUUAUAAAACAAAUUAAGUUGUAUGUCAGAUAGUAUUAAAAUUCCCAUGUGUGUAAUAUUCUAGUUGGUUUCUUUGUCUAAGUAAUUAAAACAGACUUUAAAAAUUAAAUAUUGAAUUCUAAACUAGUGGUGUGUAUCUGGGUGCAAAUAAACAGAUGCCUGAACUAAUUCACAGAAAAGGAAACUAAUGUGUAUAAAUCAGCGUGAUUUCUGAAAUACUACACUAAACUACAGGUUAAUGGAUCAUUAUCUAGGUAGGGUGUUAAGACCUAAUAUAGUACCUCCUCUUGUUUCUACACAAGAGAAAGAAAUGGCCAUAUUUCAGGAAUUGUAGUGCAUAGCUGAGGGGAUUUUUAGGACUCUUGAAUUUUUGAUGUAGCUGGGCAAUUUUUUUUUAUGGCAGUGGUAAUUAUUCUUUAUUAUGUGAAUUUUGAAUGGUCUAACAAAAGGUUUGUUUUUGUAGAGAUUUUAAAAGGGGAGAGAGAAUCCUAGAAAUAACGUUACCUAAUUAUUACAGCCUUAAAGAUAAAAAUCCUUGUUGAAGUUGGAAAAAAAAUUGCUAAAUUACAUAGUUUUAGACAUUAACAUGUUUGUGGAAAAAUGUAGCAGAAGUGUGUAGUAUAAUUUGAGUGAAUAUUCCCAAUUAGGAAUUCUAGGCUCUAUUUUAACUGAGUCACACUGCAUAUACGAAUUAGAACCUAACUUUGUAGGUUAUCAGAAUCUUUGCCACCAUUGCACAAUUUUGUCCUAAAAUAUAUAGAACCUUUGUGAGGCAUGUUAAGUUGCAGUUUGCACAAGUUCAUCUCAUUUGUAUUCCAGUGUUUUUUUUUUUUUUCUUCUAACCAUGUUUUUCUAAACAAUAUAUACACAUUUAGGUUUUUUGGUAGGCAAUAAAAACUGUCAUUUCCAUUUGUCAAACAGAAAAAAUUUCUUGAUUAUGUAUUAAAUGAUUUUUAACUACCCAUUAGUUACUUUAAGCUGAAUAACUUUGGUGUUAAUAUUGGGUAGCAUGAAAUCUACAUUGAGAAACUGAACAGCAUACAACUGAUAGCUGUAAAUUCCUUCAUAAAAUGAAAUUUCUUUCUUUCUAAAGAUAUAUUCACAUGAGUUCUUGAAGAAUAGUCAUAACUAGACUAAUACUUGUUUUAGUUUAAUAGUUUUAAGUGCCUGUUUGGGAUAAUAGGCAAUUUUAGAUGACUUUAGGGAAAACGGAGUUAUUACCUGCAGAAAUGUCAAUUACAGAAGGUCCCCUUCUCUAUAGAGCUCAAAUGGGUUAUGUAAUGUUUUAUCCACAAGUUUCCAAUUCCACUGUCUUGUGUUUUCAUGUUGAAAAUACUUUUGCAUUUUUCCUUUGAGUGCCAAUUUCUUACUAGUACUAUUUCUUAAUGUAACAUGUUUACCUGGAAUGUAUUUUAACUAUUUUUGUAUAGUGUAAACUGAAACAUGCACAUUUUGUACAUUGUGCUUUUCUUCGUGGGACAUCUGCAGUGUGAUCCAGUUGUUUUCCAUCGUUUGGUUGCGCUGACCUAGGAAUGUUGGUCAUAUCAAACAUUAAAUUUAAAAAUGACCACUCUUUUAAUUAAAAUUAACUUUUAAAUGUUUAUAGGAGUAUGUGCUGUGAAGUGAUCUGAAAUUUGUAAUAUUUUUGUCAUGAACUGUACUGCUCCUAAUUAUUGUAAUGUAAUAAAAAUAGUUAUGGUGACUAUGA